AUGUCUUCUAUAAGUGGCAGAGGGAACUUAUUUUUAAUGAAUGCUGAUACUAAUGUAGAUGGUGGUGAUGUAGAUGAUUUAAAUAAUGGUCAUGUAGAUGAUGGCGAUGUAGACGAUGGUGACGUAGAUGAUGGUGGCGUAGAUGAUGGCCAUGUCGAUAAUGGCGAUGUAGAUGAUGGUGGUGUGCAUGAUUGUGAUAUAGAUGUUGCUGUAGUAGAUGACGGUAAUGUAGAUAAUGGCGAUGUAAAUGGUCAUGUAGAUAAUGGUGAUGUAGAUUAUGGUGAUGGUGAUGUAGAUGAUGGCGAUGGUGAUGUAGAUGAUGUUGCUGUAAAUUAUGGUGAUGUAGAUGAUGACGCUGUAGAUGAUGACGCUGUAGAUGAUGAAAGAAUUGAAGUGAUAGACUUAUCAGAGGAAGAUGUAGAUGAUGAUGAUGAUGAUGAUGGUGAAAAUGACUGGGUUGGUGUUGACGAAAGAAUUGAAGUGAUAGACUUAUCAGAGGAAGAUGUAGAUGAUGAUGAUGAUGAUGAUGGUGAAAAUGACUGGGUUGGUGUUGACGAACUUAUAGCCAUGGGUGCCCUCCAACAGAGAUAA